GUGGCUCGUCCCUUAUGCUCAGACCAUCGCACACAAUUGCUUUGCGCUUUUUGCCUUUAAAGGCAGAAACGCGCGCUGCAGAAAAGCAAUCGUACUGGAUGUCCAUAGCAUGCCAGGUGCUUAAAAGGAAGCGGGAAAAAUGUGUGGAUCUGCCACAACACACGCGCUAUUCAUCCACACCGGGGAUUUAAUUCCAUCCCGCAGAUCGUCCACAUACUCUUCUCUUCUCUCAAACCCUAUCACAAGAUGCCUGCUGCAAACCGCGUUCACACACCUGUUGAUUGCCCUGUCUGCCACAAGACUGUGAGCCGCAAGGGAGAUCUUCCUAGACACAUGCGCACACACGAUGGAAACAAGGAGGCUCUUAUGCACGCAUGCCCCUUCCCCGACUGCGAUUACAAGACCCUCCAAAAGUCCAACGUGCAGACGCACAUCAGGACCCACACCCGCGAUCGCUCAAAGACGUGCCCUCACCCCGGAUGCGCGUUUGCCACCACUGAUCCGGGCAGCUUGACGCGUCACCGCAAGCAACUCCACGGCUACGAGCCCAAAGCGCGUCGCAACCUCGGUGGCAGAGCUGCUCGACAAUCUGCCACCGCUCCUUACCCCUCCCCACGACUCAUGAAUGCAGAGGUACAGACUCCUGCCUCGCUGGAUCUCAACGCCCUAACAUUUCCCGCGCUCGCAGACCUCAUUAGCUGCGACGCACCCUCACCCGCUGAGAGCAGUAACUCCAGUCUCUCCCAACUCUCGUGUGACGUCGCCGAUUUCUCCUGGGAGCAGCUGUUCCUCGAUCUCUCAGAUGACGGCUUCUCCUCCGUUUAUAAUCAGCCCUCUCGGCUCCCCGUCCCCGCCUCCAGCCACUUCCGGCCCCCAACAGUCCCCUUCGAUCUCUCCACUCUCCACAUGCCGCUGCAGUAUGAGUCGGAGCUAUUCUCCGAUGUCGAAUUUCAGUGUCAGCCCAUCGCCGGAAACAAUCUGAACUACUCCCAACCAGACAUCCUCGAAGAGUUUUUGCAGAACAAUGGCUCGGGAUACUUUGACGGCUGUGGGUACCAGUACAACACAACAUACCCGAUGACCCAGCCAGCGUUGGCGAGCGGGUAUAACGUCUAUUGAAAUCUUCACUUGAUAUCCUUCAUUCGUUGUCACAUACAUUGUUCAUUGCAUCAUCAUUUGCAUCUGUAUUUCAUCUUCACUGGAACACGACAUUAUCAUUAUUUUUCAUUUGUAUCACACCAUUUGCAUCUUCAUACGCACUUUUAGCAUUGCGAUCUUCACUGCAUAGGCAUUGUGUUUGAUUAGACGAAUCUCAAUGGCAUCACUAUCAAUGACUCCC